AGCAGUGAACUCUACUCUAUUUAUUACAUAAUAUCAAGUGACUCCGUUUUCGCAGGCCGACGCUGACUUCCGACCGGCGAGAACGUGGCACUUUGUACGAACUAAAAAAGAUGCACAUCGUGACACAAAAAAGACUCAGACGACGGCUGUUCCGUGACUUGAUUGGCAAAAGAUACCCUUCACGCGGGAUUUUUUUGCUAUUUUUUCAUGAACGAGCAAAAAUAUAAGGUAAUACUAACGGGCCAAUCGCCGUCUUCCACUUGAUUGAUGUCACAAAAAAAAGCAGCUGAAAAAAAGGGAAGAUCUUCGUUGCGAAACCACACCCUCCACAUUUUCCCACUCCUUCCGUCCACUCCCGCACUCAGCAAGCUUCAUCCAGUUUACCAUGAUCCACGACCGCGCCCGCCUCGCCACCACACGGAGCGCACACGAUAGACACCUCUCACGGGCCUACUGGGUGAGCUUUUGUCGUGCCCCUCGCCCUCCGCGCCGCGGUUCGUUGGUCGAAGAACCGAGCCAAAGACGCCCUGUUCUCCCACCUCUCCUGACCUACUGUACCCACCGCCAAACACCUCCAGUUUUGACCCUCAAGAUCGAGCAUUGCCCAAUUUCCAACAGCAGUCAAUGGUUCUAUCUGGUGAGAAACAGCCUGGCCCUACUCGCGGUGGGGUUGAAGAUGCAGGCCUCGGCAGAGUAUCUGCUGUUUUCCCAAAGGGAAGGUGCCACAGACGGCGGCGGGUCAAAUCAGCGGCCUUCGGCGGCGGAUGAUUCGAGCAAAUCAUUCAACGCCGUCCCUGGUGGCGUACAAACUACCAACGAAGAGAGACGGCCCAGCCCGUUCGCCCUCCUCUCUGGUUCGCCAUUCUUGAGUAAGCGCCCCGCCGCGUCUCAUAGAAGCUAGAGUUUCUGCAUGGCCAGUACCCACUCUCAGCCGAGAGUGUGCCACAGGCAAGGUGCACACAGAUUUGGAGCUCAAUCAAGGAUGCAUGAGAAACUGCGCAAGUGCUGAUGAUCCGUGCGACGUAUGCAUAGAUCCGGGUGAUCUGAUCCGACUGCUGCUGUGUGCGUCUCAGCUUUUCAGCAACCUAACCGCUGCUGUGCAAAAUCGCGGCGCAAGAUGACAAGGAAUGUAGGAUAACCUUCCAUAUAUUACGUAUCUACCCAUGCUCGCUGAAGGGUGACCACACACCAGGACUCUGCGAGAGAGCUGUGCAACACGCAACGACACUUCAAACUUUAAUUCCGCCGCAUUUCUCCAUCUAUCUGUCUCCUGUCCGUGUUGCAGGGCAGACAAAGCCAAGCCGAGGCCGGGGUGUGCGCCAGCUGAGGUGGCCUCUCGAGAAUUAGUUCCUUGCCUGUGAGGUGAGAAGGGAAGCUCGGACACCGUGGUGACAUGGUGGGUGGG